AGGCGGCGAGCGCUCGGGCAGCAGCUGUCGCCGUCGUAGUCGCUGUCACCGGUCACCGCCGCCUCCUCCGCCCCGUCCGGACCCGACCCGGGCCGGGCCCGCUUGCCUGCCGCCAUGCCGGGCAUCGACAAGCUGCCCAUCGAGGAGACCCUGGAAGACAGCCCGCAGACCCGGUCCCUGCUGGGAGUAUUUGAAGAAGAUGCCGCAGCUAUUUCCAAUUACAUGAAUCAAUUAUAUCAAGCCAUGCGUCGCAUCUAUGAUGCCCAGAAUGAAUUGAGUGCAGCAACACAUCUGACAUCAAAGCUUCUAAAAGAAUAUGAGAAACAGCGUUUUCCACUAGGAGGUGAUGAUGAAGUAAUGAGCUCUACUUUGCAGCAAUUUUCAAAAGUGAUUGAUGAGCUAAGUUCUUGUCAUGCAGUACUUUCAACUCAACUUGCCGAUGCCAUGAUGUUUCCCAUUUCCCAGUUUAAAGAAAGGGAUCUAAAAGAGAUAUUAACAUUAAAGGAAGUGUUUCAGAUUGCUAGCAAUGAUCAUGAUGCUGCAAUUAAUAGAUAUAGUCGACUGUCAAAAAAAAGAGAAAAUGAUAAGGUGAAGUAUGAAGUUACUGAAGAUGUUUAUACUUCCAGAAAAAAACAGCACCAGACUAUGAUGCAUUAUUUCUGUGCAUUAAAUACUCUUCAGUAUAAGAAGAAAAUAGCCAUGCUAGAGCCCCUACUUGGAUACAUGCAAGCUCAGAUAAGUUUCUUUAAGAUGGGUUCUGAAAAUCUCAAUGAACAGCUAGAGGAAUUUUUAGCAAACAUUGGAACAAGUGUACAGAAUGUUCGCAGGGAAAUGGACUGUGAGGUGGAGACCAUGCAGCAGACAAUAGAGGAUUUGGAAGUAGCCAGUGACCCGUUAUAUUUGCCUGAUCCAGACAUCAGCAGAUUUCCUGUUCAUCGCAAUUUAACCCGCAAGGCUGGAUAUCUCAAUGCUAGGAAUAAGACCGGCCUCGUGUCCUCUACCUGGGACAGACAAUUUUACUUUACUCAAGGUGGAAAUCUGAUGAAUCAGGCCCGGGGUGAUGUAGCAGGAGGCCUUGCCAUGGAUAUAGACAAUUGUUCUGUAAUGGCCGUUGACUGUGAAGAUAGACGGUACUGUUUCCAGAUCACAUCUUUUGACGGCAAAAAAUCUUCAAUUUUGCAAGCAGAAAGUAAAAAAGACUAUGAAGAGUGGAUUUGUACAAUAAACAAUAUCUCCAAACAGAUAUAUUUAAGUGAAAAUCCAGAGGAAAUUGCUGCAAGAGUAAAUCAGUCAGCUCUAGAAGCAGUCACUCCAUCUCCAUCUUUCCAGCAGAGGCAUGAGAGCUUGCGGCCAACUCCACAAACACGACCACCCACAGCUCGAACUAGUAGUUCUGGGUCUCUUGGCUCUGAGUCAACAACUUUGGCGACCCUUUCUCUGGAUUCUCUCGUUGCUCCAGACACACCUAUACAGUUUGACAUCAUUUCUCCUGUUAGUGAAGAUCAGCCUGGCCAGGGUAAAACUUCUGGACAGGGAGGCAAACGUACAAAUCCAUUUGGAGAAUCUGAAGGAGGAAAAACAAAGCCUGAAACUGAAGAUUCCAUUCUUCAUCAGUUAUUUAUUGUUCGAUUCCUUGGUUCUAUGGAGGUAAAAUCAGAUGAUAGUCCAGAUGUUGUUUAUGAAACAAUGCGCCAAAUCCUAGCUGCCCGCGCCAUCCAUAACAUUUUCCGCAUGACAGAAUCACACUUAUUAGUUACUUGUGACUGUUUAAAGUUAAUUGACCCACAGACACAAGUUACAAGGCUCAGAUUUCCAUUGCCCAACGUGGUCCUGUAUGCUACACAUCAGGAAAGUAAACGUCUCUUUGGAUUUGUGCUUCGGACAUCAGGGGGCAGAGUCGAGAGUCAUCCCACAUCAGUCUGCUACAUAUUUGAAUCAAACAACGAAGGAGAAAAGAUUUGUGAUUCUGUUGGACUUGCAAAACAGAUUGCUUUGCAUGCUGAAUUGGAUCGUAGGGCAUCAGAGAAACAAAAAGAAAUAGAGAGAGUGAAAGAGAAACAACAGAAGGAACUGAAUAAACAGAAACAGAUAGAAAAGGAUUUAGAGGAACAAAGUCGGUUAAUAGCUGCCUCCAGUAGACCGAACCAGACAAGUGGGGAAGGACAAUUUGUGGUCCUUAGCAGUAGCCAGUCUGAAGAGAGUGAUUUGGGAGAAGAUGCAAAGAAGAAGAAAGAAUCAGAAGCAUGAGGUUAUCUGUGUUUUGGUGGCAUUUUUCCACUCUCAGAACCUAUUAACAGUUUCUGAGGUGAAACAGCACAAGUUAAACAGCCUUCAGAGGCCUCAAAGUGGAUACUUCAAGCUGAAUUUGCCAACCAAGUUUUACACUGAUUUUCUUCCCUCUUAAAAUUGACUGACUUAGCAAUUAUUGUAAUAACAAUAACAACACCUAAUUGCACAUGUUUAAAAAAAAAUCUGUCCAUUUCCUGACAUAGGUUGCUGCAGAAUUACAGUGAAUUGAGACUUUUUUUUCUCAAUUUCAAACUUUUUAUCUUGGCUUUGCACCUGGGUAUAACUAAAGGGAAUUAUUUAUCCUUGGGCUUCCGCUAUACAUGGGGAUGCUUUUUCUGUCUGCUGGAAACAGGAAGAAGUUUUAUAUUGAACAGGUUCAAAACCAUUUGCAUUUUAUUCUAAAAAAAAUCACUCAUCCUUGUGAGACUAAUAUUAUAACAGUGAAUGUGCAAUACACCUUGGAACAGUCCUGGGAUACAGGUUUUAAGUGUAAGGUUUUAGACUUUGUAGAGAGGUGCCAUUUAUUCUCAGAAUGCAUCGUUGGUAUGACCCUCAUGGGGUGUAAUUACAUCUUGGGGCAUGUGGAAAUCGAAACAAAGGUUUCUCCUUGUCAAGAUGAACCUAGCUGUUGGCAUGUGAGCAUCACAUUCUCAUUCUCAGGUUGUCACAGAGUAGUAACGGUUAAAGUUAAAAGAUUUUGGGAAUUGUGAAAGUACAUCUUUUUGCUCAAAUACAUUUUAGAUAUUGGAUUUGGAUAAGGCAAACUAGCCUUUGGUAUCUGUUUUACUCAGUGAUGAAUUCUAUUUUUUUAUAUCAUAUGAAAUCAUAAUUUCCAUUACAGUUGAGUGACGUUGCAACAAAAGUUCUUCAGCAAUUAUGUUUACUGAUUUAGCAGAAAUCCCUGAAAUAUUUGGGGAUUUCUGCUCACUUGAAAUCAUUUCAUCUGGCAUUCUCCAAGUCUUCACAGCUAAAUAACCCUCAGCUUUUUACUUUGUUUGAUAUUGAGUCAUCCAUAAUGGCAAACAACUAAUUUAUAAAAAUGUAAUAUUUGCACUAAUUAUUGUAAAUAUACUAUUAUAAUGAGUGGAAGACACAUGCAUAGGAUUGAGAAACCUCUUGUACUAUCUGGUAUGUCAUAGGAAAGAUGACAAAGGAAAAUGUGUUUGGCUCUGAGCCAUAGUUAGGAAUGAUAAUUUUCUAUAAACCCUCUUCCAUGUCAGAUGUUUAUUUUUUAUAAUUUUUGAUAUUUCCAACAAAUAAGUGUUUUUCCCAAAUUUAAGAAUUUCACAUGGAAAUAUUGUUUCAGCAAACUAAGAAACGGUUUAGUCAGUUUGUGAAUUUGGUCAAAAGUUAUAAUUUCCAAUAACAAUCUGGAAUUUCACAAGGGAAAACUCUAUUUGUUAAAAUUCAGCUUUUCUCCUCUAAAGAGAACUAGAGGAAUUCAGUUUUGGCUUUCACUCAAUGUAUGGGCUUCUGCUUUCUGGGGUCACUAGAGCAGGUGACAGCAGAUCUUUAGGUAAGCCUUUUUUUUUUUUUUUAAUCUGUCUCUGUGCCAACGGGAAAUUUUGGCAUAUUUAAUGCUUAUGUUACCAAGACAUUUAGUUUAAAAUAUAUAUAUACACACACACACACACACACACCACUGUUCCAUAUGAUUGAAUUCAUUUGAUAUGGCUUGCUGUUUAUAUCAAGAAUGGUAUAAAUUUCAACACAAAUUUAUUCCUUUACAAGUGUUUUAUUCACUUGAAAAAUUGUUCUUAGAUCAAUAAUCAUCCAUGUAAAAUCUUGUUCUUAAUUCCUUACUGGUAAGUAAUGCAUAUUCUGCUGAAAUCCUUUGUUACCUCAUAGAUUGUGUCCAUUUACUCUUGUUCCAGAGGCAAUCUUUACGGCCUUUAGGGGGAGUUCUUUAAAAACAAGAAACAAAGGAAGGCUUUAGCAAGAAGGGCAUGUUCUGCAGAAGCUGGUAAAAAUCCAUGGUAAAGGAAAUACUAUUUAUUCCUAAUACAGGACGACUUUGAUUUGGGGAGAAUAAAAUGAGGAAGGUAGGCCAUUUUCCUGUUUUUCUCGAGUCCCUACAAUAUGGCUUUGCUUUUGUUUUGAAGUAUCGUCAAUUCUAUAGUAUUGAACCCAUAUCUAAAUGUAAAUUUAAAAAUCCUAAAGCUGAAUAAAAAUUAUUUUUUAAUUAGUUGCUAUCCUGGAUAAUUCCAGCCUACAUAGGCUCUCCUGUAGAUAAUUGAGAGUUAACUAUAUAUGUUUAUUUCUAAACAUUGCAUCUCAACCAAAUUUCUUCUACUUGACUAAUUCAGACUCCCAUUUCUUCUUGCCUAGACUACUAGGCAAGAAGUAUUGAUUUCUUUGUCUCCAUUCAAUCCCCUCUUCAAACUGUCAUUCAUACUGUGGUCCUGGACAUCUUAAUGGACUGAGCUGAUCACAUCACUCUUCUACAUCUAGACUUGCCCAUUGCCUCCCAAGUUAAGUGUAGACUACCAAGCUUGGCAUUCAAGGCCCUUCACAGUCUGGUUCCAGAUGGAUCACAUACUAUUCCUCAGUGAUCAAUUCAUCAUUCUAGUCAAAGUAGACGACUGCUGUCCCUCUCUAGGUCUCGCAGUCUGCUCCCAUCCAUUGCCCCCAGCCAAUCUGUAUAUUGAAGUUCUCCAUGAACCCUCCCCUGGCCUUGCAACUGAAAGGAGCCUCAGUUCAUGGUGCUCCUGGCACUUUACCUGGAGCCCCCACCCCAGCAGUGGUCAGAUUCUCCCCUGUCCCAGCACACAAGGUAGGUUAGGUCUUCUGUCCUCAGCCCCAGUGAGAAUAGAAGUGGGAUACUUGGGGGGGGUCCCCCAGGUUCAUGUUCUAAACGGUUAAAGAUGGAAGCAGCAGCCAUCUGUAGCUCAAAGCAAUGCACACAGUAGGUGACCAGAAGAUUUCUUCGGCCAGGCCGCCGCCACCCCCACACACACCCAGCCAGGGGUUUUGUUUUUCUUUCUGCUCGAUUGCCAGAUACUAAAAUUAGACACGUUGACGUUUUAAAAUAGUGCCUGAAGUCAGUGUUCUGGAACAACUCCCGUUUUGUGGAGUUCCAUACUAGAACCAUAAAAUGUUAGUUGUUUUUUGAAUUGUAUCGACCCAAGUUAAAAGGAUAAAGAACAAAGAAUAGACGAUCCACUGAGAAAAGGACAUAAUGCUAAUAGGAGAAUUUUCAUUUAGCAAAGAAGUCAGCCCUUCCACACGUUUUGGAGUCAAAGAAAAUUUAGGUUUUUUAUAGGAACAGCUUUUCUUUUGCAUUCUGCAUUCUCAACGGCUCAUGCAUCGGAGAUGCCAGGGCCUUGGGUCAUCUCAUUGACUUUAUUUCUGUUCUUGUUUCAUUUAGUAGCUCAGCUUUGAUCUGCUGUGCUCUGGGUGGUCAAAAGAGCCCCUAUAAUGGGGAGCAUUUCAUUGGAGAAAUGGUGGCUUGCCUUAUGGCUAUGAGAUUUAAUCCUCCUUUCCAUGGAUUAAAGAUUCAGUUACUAGGAAGCAUCUGUGGGAAAUGAGAAUUUCAUUACAUUUUUAAGCCAUCCCUUGUGAUUGUCUAAACAGAUAAUUCACCAUGUAUGUGAAGAGCUAACAUGAGAAAAGGCCCGUGUACAAAAAUGACUGCUUUUUGUAGUAUGUUCAGAUGAUUUUGUAACAUGGCAUGGGCAAAUCUUUGUAUUACUAGAAUGAUUCUUUUAUUGGUGUUUUCAAUAAUUAAAAGUCAUGCAAAAUUUUCCCUUUAGAAUUGGAAUUGUAUAUAAGACAGUAGUGACAUUGGGAAUUUUUUUAUAUUGUAAAACUGAACAUGAAAUAUUUGCUGACAGGACCGAAGGUAAUAUGCUAUUUGGAUUUUAAAUGUAUAAUAAACUACAUGUUUUAUAUAUAA